AUGAAGAUCCAAACUAAUGCAGUCAAUCUGCUAGAGCGUACAUCAUCCUAUUUUAAAGCUGGUUUAUUGAAAAAUAUUCCUGCCUGGUAUAAUGUUAUCGCCGCCGUUCCACCUGCAAAGAGAUUUGCUAGAGAACCAAAAUUCGUUAACCCCUCUAAUAAUAGUUCAAAAACCAAGUAUGAAGGCUUAAAUGAAUACGCGGAUAAUUACACAGGGUUUUUUAAGACUAGGCCUUCUGCUUCUGACAAAACUGUUCAAAGCUCGGCAUUGUACAAAGCACCAAAAAUGUUAUAUAUAGAAGAUAAACUGAGGAAGAUAUUCUACGAGCAGCACCCUUGGGAGUUAUCCAGACCAAAAGUUUUAAUAGAGAAUGAUAUCGAAACUGACUUUGAUUGGUCUUGCAUUCAACAAUUGGGAAGGCCGCUAGACGGAGAAUCUGUUGUGCAGAGAACGCUAUUCUUGAUGAAAUCAGAUUCUUCGAUAAAAAUAUUAGAUGCAUAUGAACAAGCUAGAUUUGAAUUUUACAGUAUAAGAAUGCGGCAAGAACUUGAAGAACAGAUAGCACAGGAGGAGGCGCAGAUGUAUGGUUCCAUUUUCAAGUCAACUGCAAUUGAUCAUGGUGUGGAGAAGGAACAGAAAGUUAUUGACAAGUGGAAGAUAAAGGCUUUGGAAGAGGUUGACAUCUUGUCAGCUAAAAGAGCACACCAAUCUUCUCCUUGGGCUAGUGGGGAAAAAGCCGAAGAACUGGAUUUAAAUCAUGAAGAGUCGAAAUGA